GGGUCACGUGCUCGUCACGCAGAAGCAGCUCCAGGAAGCUCGCGCAGCACUCCGUUCUCUGCUAGCUGUCAAACAAACGGAAUCCUCUCACAAAUCACUCCAGAUUUAUCCACAGAUCAACGGUUUAACCCGAGCUACACACCAUCAUCGCUCAGAACUAUGGGAUGAGAGACACUUAACCAAUUUUUGUUGAAUUUUGCUGUGCGAACAUGAAGGCUAACUACUAGCCAGAUGAUCAUAUGACAGAAAAACAAAAGCGUUGUCGUGUUUUUCCUCACUUAUAACGUUACUUGGAUAUUUGACAGUCACGGAAUACAGGAAGAUGGAGAAAGACUUUUCAUGGACAAUUCACGUCAGUCAGAUGAGUUACUGUAAAUGUUGUCUGAAAGCGGAACAGGAGAGAUAGGACGGUUGUGAUAAACUCUGACUGUUAUUGUUUUGUCAGUUAACAGAGGUUUUGUGUAAGCAAACAUAGCUUUGGUGGUUUGUCUUUGCGUCUUUUGUAAUAUAUCACAUCUCCAGUAUGCAUGACGCCUAUGAGCCGGUUCCUAUCCUGGAGAAAUUACCUCUUCAGAUCGACUGUUUGGCGGCCUGGGACGAUUGGCUCCUUGUGGGCACCAAACCAGGUCACCUCCUCCUGUACAGGAUUAAAAAAGAUCCAGGUACAAACAGGUUUGAAGUUACAUUGGAGAAAUCCAAUAAGAACUUCUCAAAGAAGAUUCAGCAGCUGUUUGUGGUGUCUCAGUACAAGAUCUUGGUUAGUCUGUUAGAAAAUAACAUCCACGUUCAUGACCUGCUCACGUUCCAGCAGAUCACUGUGCUGUCUAAAGCCAAAGGAGCGACGCUCUUCGCCUGUGACCUGCAGCAGUCCAGCUCAGGUGAAGCCAAACUGAGAAUGUGUGUAGCAGUCAGGAAGAAAAUUCAGCUGUAUUACUGGAAAGACAGAGAGUUUCUUGAACUACAGGCUGACUUUGCUGCUCCAGAUAUUCCUAAAUCCAUGGCUUGGUGUGAAAACUCCAUAUGCGUGGGUUUCAAGCGAGACUACUAUCUGAUCCGGAUGGAUGGGCGUGGCUCAGUAAAGGAGCUCUUCCCCACAGGAAAACAGCUGGAACCAUUGGUCGCUCCAUUGGCUGAUGGGAAGGUAGCCGUGGGUCAGGAUGAUCUUACGGUUGUCUUGAAUGAAGACGGGGUCUGCACUCAGAAAUGUGCUCUCAACUGGACAGACAUUCCUGUUGCGAUGGAGCACCAGCCGCCGUACAUCAUCGCUGUCCUGCCGCGGUACGUGGAGAUCCGCACGCUGGAGCCCAGACUGUUGGUUCAGAGCGUUGAACUGCAGAGACCACGAUUCAUCACCUCGGCCGGAUCAAAUAUUGUGUACGUCGCCAGCAAUCAUUUUGUUUGGCGUCUGGUGCCGGUCUCUAUAGCCAGCCAGAUACGACAGCUGCUACAAGACAAACAGUUUGAGUUGGCGCUUCAGCUGGCGAAAAUGAAGGAUGAUUCGGAUGCAGACAAGAGACAACAGAUCCAUCACAUUCAGAACCUGUUUGCCUUUAACCUUUUCUGUCAGAAGCGCUUUGAUGACUCCAUGCAGGUGUUUGCCAAGUUAGGCACAGAUCCGACUCAUGUUAUUGGACUAUAUCCAGAUCUUCUUCCCUCUGACUAUCGUAAACAGCUGCACUACCCAAAUCCUCUGCCCACACUAUCUGGAGCUGAACUGGAGAAAGCUCACCUGGCACUCAUAGACUACCUGACACAGAAACGCAGUCAUUUAGUAAAGCAACUGAACGACUCCGAUCCCUCCACCACGUCUCCUCUCAUGGAGGGAACUCCGACCAUCAAGAGCCGCAAGAAGCUCCUUCAGAUCAUCGACACAACCCUGCUCAAGUGUUACCUUCAAACCAAUGUGGCCUUAGUGUCACCUCUCCUGCGACUGGAGAACAACCACUGUCACAUAGAGGAGAGCGAGUAUGUGCUGAAGAAAGCCCACAAAUACAGCGAGCUCAUUAUCCUCUAUGAGAAGAAAGGUCUUCAUCAGAAGGCUCUGCAGGUUUUGUUGGAUCAAUCCACUAAAGCUAAUUCUCCACUGAAGGGUCAUGAGAGGACCGUACAGUAUCUUCAGAGGCUCGGUGCUGAAAACAUGGGUAUCAUAUUUGAGUUUUCACCUUGGGUUUUGAAGAUAUGUCCAGAGGAUGGCCUGAAGAUCUUCACAGAGGACCUGAACGAGGUGGAGACUUUACCCAGAGAUCAUGUGCUGAACUUCCUAAAGGAGGGUUUUAAAGAGUUGGCCAUCCCUUACCUGGAGCACAUCAUAUAUGUGUGGGAGGAGACGCGACCCGAGUUUCACAACGUUCUCAUUCAGCUUUAUCUGGAGAAAGUACAGGGCCUUAUGAAAGAGUACCUGAACGCACUGCCUGAAGGAGUCCCAGCUGUAUCUGCGGGAAAAGAGGAGGGAGAGCUCGGAGAGUUUCGGAACAAACUUCUGUCAUUUCUGGAAAUUUCCAGCAACUACGAGCCAGAGAGACUCAUCAGCGAUUUCCCGUUUGAUGGUCUGCUGGAGGAGAGAGCUCUGCUUCUGGGUCGUAUGGGCAAACACGAGCAGGCCCUCUUUAUCUAUGUUCACAUACUGAAAGACACACACAUGGCUGAAGAGUACUGCCACAGUCAUUAUCAGCCUGACUCCAACAGCCAUAAAGAUGUGUAUCUGUCUCUGCUGCGCAUGUAUCUGUCUCCUCCAGACGUACACUUUCUGGGCCCGAUCAAGAUGGAGUUGUGUGAACCGCAGGCCAAUCUUCAAGCCGCCCUCAAUGUUCUUCAGCUUCAUCACAGCAAACUCAACACCACCAAAGCCAUAAACCUGCUGCCGGCCAACACGCAGAUCGGAGAGAUCAAGGUGUUUCUGGAGAGCGUUUUAGAGGAGAAGGCUGAACGUAAACGCUUUUAUCAGGUCAUGAAGAGUCUUUUACAGGCUGAAUUCCUGCGGGUGCAGGAGGAGCGAAUCUUUCACCAGCAGGUAAAGUGUGUCAUCACAGAUGAGAAGAUCUGUCGAGUAUGUAAGAAGAAGAUCGGUAACAGUGCCUUUGCCAGGUAUCCCAAUGGUGUGGUGGUCCACUACUUCUGCUGUAAAGACCGCAACACGUGUCCCAGCGAGUAGUGCAGACGCACACGUGAAGGAUCAUCAUGAAGAUACCAGACUGAAGCUCUGCAGACGGAAAUGCCAGUCUGGAUGCUCUCUCUCUCUCUCUCUCUCUCUCUCUUUAAUGGAAAGACAAAGGCAUCAUUCUCAUAAGAAAAUGAAUCCGCUCCUCCGUAGGAAACUCUGAGACUAAAUUCAGAUUUCAAACUGUAACUGCACAAAACAAAAGCUUAUCUUCUCUUCUGUACUCACAAAGAAUCUUUUCAUCCAACGUGACGCUGUGUCAGAUGCCUGGAGUAAAGGCUUGUGUUCGUAUGCACUCUCACAUGACUGUUAUUUUAAGCUGGGCUUGUAGGUGCUGCUGUAACUUUCAGAUGAAAUCAGACACGAGAUAAAACUCUAAUGUGGGGCAGCACAGAGCGUGACCGAGCGUCUGAUGGAGGAAUAAAAGCUUUUCAUUCUAGCGCGGUACAUUAAAGUGUUUACAGCCCGAACUGGAAGUUUAGUAUUUUAAAGCAAUACCGGACAUGUUGGUUGGUAUUGUGUGCUUUUUCUAGUGCUUUUGAGUUUGUAUUGUUUUGGAGAGCUGUGAAUCCACAGUCUGCUCGCCGUAGCAUGCCACCUUUUUUUUUUUUGGUUUUAAUUUAUUAUGACCACGCUGUCUAAACACGUGCUUCGGGUCAGGAAUGUAUCACCUAUGUGUGCGAUCAGUAUUUCACAGGCUUACUAAGUGUCCUGUCCUAUUAACACUCGACUGUAAAUCAACUGUUUGUACAGCUGAUGGUCACUUCUAAUAAACAUGCAUCUUCUCUAA